CCCUGAUGAAAGCAGCCAUUUUGUUGAGAUAUAGGUCUACCACACCCUGUCCCUGUUAAUAGUAAGGGAAAAUUAAGAGGAAUAAUUCGUGCAAUUGGGGUCUGUAAUUUACAGCCCUGUUGCAGAAUUAAAUUCUUUUUGGAUAUUAAAUGGAACUUGAAAAUAUCGUCGCGAAUACUGUUUAUUUGAAAGCACGAGAAGGUGGAGGUGGAAAAAGAAAAGGUAAAAGCAAGAAAUGGAAACAGAUACUUUCAUUUCCUCAUAUAUCCCAGUGUGCUGAUAUUAAGAAUAAAAUAAAUCAAGAUUUCAAUUUUAUAUUUGACCAGCAACCCUUAGGACGUCAUCUAUUUGUAGAGUUUUGCAAUACAAAAGAACAAUAUCAACGUUCUAUUGGUUUCUUGAAUUUAGUGAGAGAGUAUGAAAUAACUGCAGAAGAAAAACGACAUGUAAUAGCGGAGGAGAUUGUAGAGAAAUACCUCCGGCCUGAAUCUGAAUUCUAUGUGACCCAUGUAAAUGGAAACCAAAUUUCUGAAAUAAAAGAUAUUAUUGGCCAGAAAAAGUCUUGUAAACCAUUAUUUGAAGAAUGUGGCAAAUUAGUGAGAGAAUACUUAAGCAAAGAACCCUUCAAUGACUUUUUAGAGAGUAUGUAUUUCAAAAGAUUCAUGCAGUGGAAGUGGCUUGAAAGCCAACCAGUUACAAAAAAUACAUUUCGCAUGUAUCGGGUCCUUGGCAAAGGUGGAUUUGGAGAAGUUUGUGCUUGCCAAGUAAGAGCCACUGGGAAAAUGUAUGCCUGUAAAAAGUUGGAAAAAAAACGAAUCAAAAAAAGAAAAGGAGAAGCAAUGGCAUUGAAUGAAAAAUUAAUUUUACAAAAGAUUAAUUCAAGAUUUGUAGUGAGUCUAGCCUAUGCAUUUGAGACAAAGGAUGCAUUAUGCUUGGUUUUAACUAUAAUGAAUGGUGGAGAUUUGAAAUUCCACAUCCAUAAUAUGGGCAAUCCAGGUUUUCCAGAGGAUAGAGCAGUCUUUUAUGCAGCUGAGAUUUCUUGUGGUUUGAUUGACCUUCAUAAAGAAAGAAUUGUCUAUAGAGAUUUAAAGCCAGAAAAUAUUUUGUUAGAUGAUAAUGGUCAUGUAAGAAUCUCAGAUUUGGGUUUAGCUGUCGAAAUACCAGAAGGUGAAUCUAUAAGAGGACGAGUGGGUACUGUUGGAUACAUGGCUCCAGAAGUAGUUAAAAAUGAAAGGUAUACUUACAGCCCUGACUGGUGGGGAUUAGGUUGUAUUAUAUAUGAAAUGAUUGAAGGAAAAGCACCUUUUAGAGCUCGCAAGGAAAAAGUAAAGAGAGAUGAAGUUGACAGGAGGGUAAAAGAAGAUCAAGAAACAUAUUCAUCUAAGUUUUCUGAAGAAUGUAGGAGUAUAUGCACUGCACUUCUUCAAAAAUCUCCAAACAACAGACUUGGUUGUGGUGAGGCAGGAGGUGAAGAAGUCAAAUCUCAUCCAUUUUUUAGGAACAUUAACUUCAAGAGAUUAGAGGCAGGCAUUGUUGAUCCUCCAUUUGUUCCAGAUCCAAGGGCAGUAUAUUGUAAAGAUGUAUUAGACAUAGAACAGUUCUCUACUGUUAAAGGUGUGAAUCUGGAUGCCAGUGAUGAUUCAUUUUAUAGUAAAUUUAACACAGGCAGCGUAUCUAUUCCUUGGCAGACUGAGAUGUUAGAAACAGAAUGUUACAAAGAGCUGAAUGUGUUUGGUCCUAAUGGAGAGCCUACACCAGAUCUAAUUGAAGGUCUACCACCACAACCACCCCAAAGAAGUUUUUUUGAUAAAUUAUUUAGGAGGCGACGGCAUGAUGAGAAUCGUGUUUAAUGCUAGCUAGUCAUCAUCCCCACUCAACAGUUCUCAAGUAUUGUACGGGUGAUAGGAACUUGGAUUUUUGCUUUUGGAUGUUAUUUCUAGUUUCUCAAAACCAAAUGUGUUUCAUUCAGAUGAGGCAUUUAUCAUAUUUUUAAAAAACAACAAAUAGGUGCAUUUCUACACUUUGGUUAGAUAAAUGUAUUAAUGCAUUCUCUUUAAUGUGUGCCAAGCUCAAGUUGUUAUAGCCAACUUUUGGAAAUUAAAACCAUUAACUGAUUGGAAAUUGUAAAAACAAAAAGGAAAAUAUUAGUUGUUUUUUUUAAUAAAUGUGCCAAACCACAGUUUGAAAACUACGCAGUCAUUGUGUAGAUAAUCAAUAACAUUAUUAACCAAAGCAAGAAUGUCAACUGGCUGUGAGAAAACUGCUAAACUGCACUACAAAGUCAAAACCUACCUCUCAAGCCAUAUUUAUUGCCCUGCAAUUAAUUUUGGGCCAAGAUGCCUCAUGGUGCUUCCAUGUUCACACUGCACUUCACAGGAAGUUGGUGAUGAAGAAAAGGCACCUUUCUCUGGAACUAAAUCUAGACACAGUGAAUAUUCGACUUUGAGAGAGAAACAUCAAGCAAACCAGUCAUUUCAUCAGAGAGAUGUAUUUUUUUUAAAUCUUGAAAUUAAACAAUUUUCUGGCCUGUGAAAUCCAGAAGAAAAAAAUAAACCAAAAAAAAAUAAUUUUAGUUUUACUUAGGGCCUGGAGCCCACCAUAUAGUCAAGACAAUUAGUGUUGUUUAAUUCUGUUCACACUACAUAAAACAAUUUUUUGUAGGGAAGAGUACAUGUGAACAAGCUGUGGAACAGUUGCCAACUCAUUAUGCUUCAAGUUUUAUUUAGUUCAUCUCUUGCUGUAAUUUCGGUCAUGAGUAUGGUGAUCAUUCGGUAGCUUUAACAUUGCCCUUUAAAUAGGCAUUUGUAAAGAUGAUCUUUUUACAUGUGGAGUAAGUCUAGAAGAUGCUUUUUUUUUUUAAGCUAUUUGUUGAAGAAAGUAAUAUCUUACCGGAGCAGAACUUUUGUUAAGGUAUAAAGACACUGUCUCUGAGAUAAAACCUGAAAGAUAUUGGUGCAUUGUCUUUGUAAAUGACUGGAAAGGACCUUCAGGAAGUACUCAGUUCUAUAUUCGCAUAUAAUUAAAACCAUGAUCACAUGUUCAGUUGACUGCAACAGAUAGUUGGAUAAUUUUUCUGCUAUAAUGUUGAGUCAUAUUUAUUGCCAAUGUGUUUGUUUUUUCUCAAAUCAACCAUUCUAGUUUUUUUUUUUAUUUCAGCAUUAUGUUAACCACUUUUUGUUUUGCUGAACUUAUGAGCUAAAUAGGCAAGUGAUUGUUGAUUCAGAAAAUCACUUCAAAAUUUUUAUUUUGAUUGGCUGUAGUGCUGUAUUAAAGAGAGACAUAAUUCCUUUGACCUCUAAAUAAAAUUUUCCCAAUUUUAUCUUAAAAGAUUUUUUUUUCAAAUCAUUUCUUAAGUCUCUGUAUUUCCUGAAAGCAUUAAUCAGAAACAGUGUGAAUAUAAAGUAAUUGGUCAAAGGGAGUCUUUUUUUUUUAACAAUACCUCUAUUUCAAUUAUAUCUUACUAGAGCCUUCUGGGCAAAGGGUGGAACUUGGACACAGAUUUCAAAAACAGCUCCAACAAUUUUCCUGAAGAUUUUACAGUUGAUUCGUAUCAGGAAAAGAAUUACUAGUUCAUUGGCCACACUGGGAUACUCUAGUUUGACCAUUAUAAUUUUCCAUUCCAAAGUAUAAAAAUAAAUUAAUUUUAAUUUGGCUAGAGAAUUAGAAAAUAUUAUUUUUGGUAGGGGGGUUGAUUGCCAUAAAUUCUAACAUUCAUUAGUUAUCAGGAGCAAAAUAAUGGCUACAUAAGUUAUAUAAAGGGAGGUAUUGUCUUUUUUUUUUUUUUUUUUUUUUUUUUUUUUUUUUUAAUGUUUUUCUUCAUAUAGUUUGGGUGCAUACAAAAAGAUUCUUCUUGUAAGCAAAUAUUUUUAAAAAAAUACUUAGGUGUUCAUUUUCUUUCAAUUAAAAACUCUUGUGAAAAAUUUUCAGUUGCCUGUCAUGACAUGCAAUGGUUAUUGCCAGUUUUCCUUUUCUGUAAUUUACUAUAAGUGCUACAGUUGAAGAAUCAAAGUUUUGAAAAUUUAACUGUAAUGAAACUUUUGAAAACUUUAAUGUUUAAGUAGGUUUUCUGUUCUAAGUUUGACUUGACGUUUCAAUACUUACUGUUUCGUUUAUUGAAUACUUUGGAUUGUUUCAAGAUUUUAAAAAAAAAAAUUUGUUCCAGAGUUUUAAUUGGCCAGUUAAAGAACAAAAUGGCAGCUAAUUGGUCAGAAUAUUUAUUUUUUAAAAAUCUUUUUAAGAUUUUACAAUGUCUAUCAAUUUUAUUUAUAAAAAGGAAAUUUUUUUUAUAAUUAAUAACAUUCAGCGAUCAAAAAUUGUAACUAAAUUUUAAGUCUCUCUCAGAUUGAAUGAUGUAUAAAUUUUACAGGGAAACAAAUGAUCAAAUAGAAGUUCAUGAAUACACUUUUACUGUAGGUUCCCCCCCCCCCCCCCUCCCACCUCCUUUUUUUCUUUAUUUUGUUCUAAGACACUUCCAUCGUUACUUCAAACAAAAAAAAAGUGCCAUGUUUUUCAUUUUUUAAAAAUUGGCUUAUCUAGUAACUGAAUUUUUGUUUUGAUUUUCUUUAGCUGCCUUACAGGACUUCUCAACACAAUUGCUAACAUAUUUUUCAUUAAACUGGCUGGUAGCUACCAGAUGCACAGUUUAAAAAAGAAAGAAGCAUUUUGUUUCUAAUAUCUAUAUUUCUUUUGUUAGAACUCUUUUUAUUUAUUGUGAUAUACAUUUUCAUUGUUAAGUGUUUAAAUGAUCACAGACUGUAAUGAGAUCUUUUGUAUCUAUAAACUUCACUUUCUGCUGCAGUAUAAUCUCAAAGCAGCCAGUAGCCAAUGUCCAUCCUUAGUCUACCCUAUAAUUAAACUAGGUCCACUUAUAAUUGUACUAUCAAUUGAGGGAUAUACAAUUAUACAAAAUCUUUAUAGACUUCUCCUUUCUAUUUUGUUUUUCUCUUAAUAGAUAAUUCAUGGUGACAUCUAGUUUUGUUGUUUUUUUUUCUUUGUUUAUGUAUGCAAUAUAUUGUAAAAUGCUUUAAACUUUUUGUUAUUUAGGAAUGAAGCAUUUUGUAAAACCAUAAAUCUGCUGUAUUCAUUUGCUUCCUGAAUUAUGUGUGUAUUGAAAGACCCAUCAUACUUACAGUAAAAGGUUCUAAAUAUUAGGGUGAAGAAAGUGCAUCAUUUCAUAUAGGCUUUGAAAACAAACAAAAAAAACUUGCUUGAAUGCCUGUGAAUUUUUUUUAUAUAUAUCUCAGAGAUCAAAAUAAAUAAUUUGGGCACACCCGUAUUUCAUCAUGAAUAUCUGCGAAAACAAAUAUUUUGUCAGAGUUAUGUUAUGAAGUGUGGAUGAGAAAGGGCUUUCACAGUACCCUGCAAAUUUCUGUUGAGUUUUGGGUGAAAAUGAUUCUUCUGACAUGACCUCUCAACCAUUGGCCACCACUGUUAGGAUGUUAUGUCAUGUGAACUUAGUAAUAUGCUCAAAACAAACUAGUUUCUAUGAUGUGUUGUGUCCUUGUUGACAACAGAAUAUAUUCUAUAUAUUUGAACAGCAGUAUUUAUACACACAUGUAAAGAUACACUUCAUAAGUAAAGAGUUUGGUGUCACUGGUCUGAAUGCACAUGGAUAAUUGUUUUUAUGCUCUCAAUACAAGAAGUUUGUUCAUUAUCAUGGUGAUUUUUUUUCUUUCAUUCUAUGUCUCCAUGCACCAAGGAUAUGAUAACUUUACAUCCUUGAUUUCAUACACAUUUUAAAUUGCAUUGAACAAGUUUUGCCAAGAUUUAUUUGGUCUUUUUUUUUCCUGUUAAAUUCUAGUCAGUUUAUUUUUUGUUAAACAUGCCCAAACCAUGCCAUUAAUUCAGUGCAGUGCUUCUUAGUUUGAAACUUGCAUUGUACUCAUUAAAUUGCAUUGUACUCUGCCAUUAGUUCAGUGCAGUGCAUCUUUGAAACUUGCAUUGUACUCUGCUAUUAAAUUGUGAACACAAGUCUUUAAAAUGUUAAUUUGAUCUCUGUUAAAACCUAUUUCCCUCCAAAUAUUUCUAAAGUCAGGACAGUUGAAAAGUACUUUUUUUUAGGUUUAUCUGUAUAGUUCAAAGAUUUUUACAAAUAAUUUUAAAUAUUGAAACCUGAACCCUUCCAAAAAUGUGUAAUAAGAAAACAUUUUUUAGUUUCGAUGGUGUCCUAGAAAUAGUUUUAUCUGCUCUAGUCCAUAGAUUCUUAGAGUGUAUGUACAUGUGUUGAAUUGGAUAGAAAUGUCAAUGAAAGAAAUGUCUCUAGGGCUUCAAAAAAUGUAAUGCAUGACAGUGUACAAUCUCAGGCGUGUGCAAUCUGUUUGUUGUGUUAAACUUUGCUGUAUAUUUAUUAUUAGUUCUCCACAUAAGAUUGCUUUAAAUCAUAAUGUUGUUCUUUUUUAAUUAACCAUUUAUAUAUAUUUAUAAAUAUAUAUAAAAAUACACAUUUCUUUUACUCUGUAUCUUGUUUUCUCUAUUAUGUUUUUUUUUAAACGAAUGGCCAAAGCACAUCUUAGUGUCUUGCCAAUGAUACUUUGUUUUUCUGUUACGUAACAUUGACUUGAACACCUGACAUUCAUAUCUUUGCAUAUAUAUGUUAUACAAAUAUUGUCAUAACCAUGUCCAGCUUUAAUGUAAAAUAGUGAAAAGAAAUCAUUGUAGUAAUGGUUACAGAUGAAAUCAAACUACAAUGACACUAAUAAAUUUAUCAAAUUUGACAAUAUUAUAUAUUUAGCCGGAUGAGCUUUUACUACAUGUUAGAUAAGUCAAACAGGUGAUGUUGAUAUUGAACUAUCCACUAAAUAUGUAUUGAUACCCAAAUAACAUAGAUUCAUGAAAAUAGUUGCCAGAUUGGUUUACUUCUGUGCUUUUAAAUUGCAUCAGUCUAGUUACAAUAGUAUUUUAUGGAAUUGGGCUUAAUUAAAAAAAUAAAUAAUAAUUUUUCUUACCAUUGGGCUAUGGCAUCACCAUUUAUUAUUCAUUGUUUGACACUAGCUUUUUGAGACACCAAACUAUAUUUCAAAUUGAAAAUUAAUAUUGGCUCAUCAAAAAAGUAAUCCUAAAUACAUACACCUCUUGUUUUGCUCUUAUAAAAAAUUUAUUGAUAAGGAUUUUUUUUUAAAUUUCAUUUUUUUUUUUUUCGGAGCAAAAAAAAAAGGGGGGGGGGGAUCCUCGUAUAAUGAAAAAGGAAGAAAAAAAUAUGGUUCGCGGCUCAAUUGACAAUAUUUUAUCUUGUAAAAUUGGAGUGAGUUUUUAUAAUGGACUAGCAUAUUUCGGAAUGUUAUGUCUGAUGGUAGGUAGGGACCAUGGGAAGACAAGCAGUUGAUCUAAAUGCUCAAAGAGAACUGAACAUUCACAUUCAUUAAAUAGGUUGUCUUUGAUGAGCCUACAUUGCCAUGGAGGCUCAUUGUGUCCAUUCAUCCCCUUUGGCGUCUAGCUCAUUGGAUUGGUUUCAACCCUUCAUCUUCAUUAGCAUCAAGAUCCUCUGAUCCUACAAUGCAGACCUGUGUUAUCACCUUCUUUUUCCAACCUACUAGAUAUUAUUCUUUGUCUUCAUUUCUGUGCAUGGGAGGAACAGCUUUCAGUUUGACUUGUCUGCCUAAUGAACAAGCUAGUGCCACUGAGAUAUUACAGCUGUUUCUUGGUACAUUGAGUUGUAAGUUUGAACACUUGAGUAAUUGCUCUGUACUGUCCAUUGGUACACUUCUGAUGUCUUAGUUUUGUUUAGGGAAAUCAAAGGGUUUGGGGUCAAGAGAGAUUUCAUUAGAUGAACGUUCAAGUGUAGUUUCGUUUGACUGAAUUCAUGAGAGUGUUCACGAGAUUGGGAGGUCUAGGAGUAUGCAUCUCAAAACUAACUCUGGAAAACUCAGAAUCACUGAUUCUUUGAGUUCACCCUUAAUUUGGAUGUAAUUAAUGAAGAUAAGAUUUGGAUUGAGUUUAGGUUAUGUUACAAGGAAAUAGUAGAGAAAGAAUGUUUCUAUUACACUUAGAUCUAGGGUGUUUUUGUUUUUUUUUUGUGUUAUUGUUGAAAGUCCUGCAAGAGAAAGUCACUCUCUUGUUGCUGUCUUGCUAGUAGGCUGGUUUCCUACUAGGACACCUAGUCAGAACAAUUCUUUAUUGUAAAUGUGUACAUCAGUUCUUGUACAGGAUCAUACUUUAACAUAUUUAGUGUACAUUUUGCUUUCUUAUAGAUUUUUUUUGUUUGUUAUUCAUGUAUACAAUGAUGUUUUGAAUUUUAUUUUCUGAUCACCAUCACUUAAUCUUACAUAUAGACUUCGAUCAGGUGUAGCGACAACAAUUGUAUUGUGUAUCUAGACUUUGAUCAGAUGUAAUGACAACAAUUGUGUAAUUAGACUUCUGAUCAGAUGUAAGGACAACAAAUGUGCAUGAUUUUUUUUUUAAAUGGCCAUGUUUCCAAUGUUUGAUAUUUUGGUUAGUGUACAAGUGUGUAAAGAACUUCUUGCUUGAGCAAAUGUUGACACAGAAACGUGUGUGCCAAUAUUUGAUGUCAUUUUUUUUUUUAGUUGUUCAUGUCUUGACGUGUGCGGCGAUGUUCUCAUUGAAAUUGUUUGAUCAAAAUUAUUUUAGCAACUCUUUUUAUUAAUAAAUGUUUCAUGAAGACACAUGA